UGGUAGGCUACAGAAAACCCUGGGUUGAUGAACCUGAAGUUACCUCGUUAACGCCAAAUCUUGCUUCGUUGUACAGGCCUCAGGUCCCAGCUGUAGAAGUAGGCCUGAGUAUAUGUCAGCUUAGAUGAAAUUACCCUAUGCACAACUGUUAAACUGUUUGUUUUUUUGCUCCUGUACCAAAAAUGAAUUUGUCAAGAUAAAUAGACGGAUAAAAGUUUGGUGUGAUGUUCUCGUGGUGAUGACUCAUGCUUCGAGUAACUAUUUCACUUCUGUUCACACUGCGUUAGCCUGAUGUGUAACUCUGAACAUUAGUUUUGAGAACUUACUCUUCUUCUUUCUUCUUGUCUUGGUAAUAAUGUAUGACCAUGGCAGGAAACCAAUGGAGGGAAGUAAAAGCAAUGGUUCAAGAGAUAAAACAACUGACAAAAAGAGUUUUGGCAACAGCUUCAUAACUGAUAACUCAUUAUCUGAAAAUAUAAUUUUACUUUGUUGUGGCACACUGGAAAUUUGGAUUUAUCACCUCAAGAUCUACCAGUGAUUUUGUCAUUUUGCGUUUAAACAAAGCACUUAUUGUUGUGAUUCUGUAUCUAAAUGACUCCAAAUGGCAGAUGUCACACAAGCAACCCCUCUGCACGUAAUGGUUUUUAACAAAGCCACAUGUGUGCUGUGUUGUAAUUGGUACAUUUGUCCUUAAUUUCUCUUAAUGUAUUGGUGAUAAUGUGAAUAAUGGAAGGUUUAGGAUAAAAAAAAACACUUGUUUCAAAUGGGGAAGAGUAAGAGAAUAUUUAGUGUGGAUUAAACUCUUAUGAUCAUUUUAAUGCCAAAGUUUGUUUGUCAAAAAAUACAGACUCUAAUGAACUGCUCAUGCAAAACAAAGGAAAUUGGAGGCCUCUUUGAAGAGUUAACAUCUUCCUCAGGUAAUUAAGUUCUGGCUAGAGCAGUGGUCAAAGGCUUAAAGAUGAAGAAGUUAAGUCAGAUAAAAAUGAGGAAGAACACAAAUAUGUUGCUUUGAAGAGAAAAGAAGAAGUGGAUUACACAUCAGCAUCAGUCUAUCAGACCAUUGUCACUCUCCAGUCAGAAGGUAAAAUAUGGCGAGGUUUGUCCAUGGAGAGCAAUCUGAGAUCACUCCGGACUAUAUAAAUCAACCUGAUGCAUCAGCAAGAAGUUCUGGCCAGGACAGGCGUGUGACUGCUGCUGUACCUGGGAGAAAACUGUAUAGACUGGUUGCUGUGAGCUUUGGACUCCUGUGUGUCCUACAAGCUGCUCUCAACAUUUCCCUACGUCUCUACAGUAAGACAGCAGAUAUAGAGGUCUGUUGCACAAACCUGACUUGUGAGCCGAAGAGAGAAAUGUUUAACUUUGAUCACUAUUUCCAACAAGGAUGGGUGUAUUUCCAUCCCAGUUUCUAUUACAUUUCUUCCAACAAGAAAUCCUGGCAGGAGAGCAGAGCUGACUGUCUGCAGAGAGGUGCAGACCUGGUGAUUAUAAACAGCAAAGAAGAGCAGGAUUUCACAAGAAAAUUCCACAAGCUCACAUGGAUUGGACUGACUGACAGAGAAACAAAAGGGAUGUGGAAAUGGGUAGAUGGCACUCCGCUGACCAAAAGCUACUGGAAACCUGGGGAGCCAAACAAUUUUGAAGGCAAAAACGAAGACUGUGUAGAAAUAAGGUUCCAUGACUUGGAGAACAGUUGGAAUGAUAUACCAUGUGGAGAUCAAAACUUCUGGAUCUGUGAAAAGAGGAUAGCUUGAUAACUUGCCAUAUAAAACCCUGAAAAGCUGAAAUUCACUUCAUGUUUAAACUGAAAGCACAAGUUCACAUUUCACAAUCCUUUUACUCUGUACAUAGGUCAUGUUGGAUUUAUAAUGGAGGAAUGAUGUAAUGUUGAGGGGGGGGAGCUUUAUUUUUUUCCCCAAGAUAUUUGAGUUUUGAUUUGUAUUGUAUUUAGUACAUUUAUUUGGUUAAUGUUAAUUAAGAUUACAUUUCUUUUGGAAUAAGUGUUUAGUGGUUUUUUUUUUGGUUAUUUGUAGUUUAUGUAUUGGUGUUAUUGUUUGUCUCCCCUUGGGUGUCAAACCUGGUUUGAUCAGCCAGUAUAUAAGUCCCCUUUGUUUCUUUCAUUGGAGGUCAGUUGUAUUUAUGAGUUUGUUAUGUUUAGAGCUUAAGUUCGGUUUGUUUGUUUCACCUCUUUUAAGGGCCCAAACUUUAUCUUUAUUUUGCUGUAAUGAUUUUGUGGGUAAAAUAAAAAAACUUUUUUUGAAA